AACUUACGUACCGGCCGGUUAAGUGAAAUUCGAUAGCGUUGGAGAGAGUGAAGACAGAUUCAACUGCCAUUCCGCGAAACCAAACCUAACAGCAAUUUCUGUAAUUCCAAUCUUCAUCGUCCUCUUCACCUCACACCUCUAAAACCCCCCACUCUCUCGAUUCAUCGAUCAAACAAUCAUUUCACUUCUGAUCGCUCAAAGAUCACUCCGAUCUCAAUCAACAUGGCUUCAAACGGCGCAUCUCCGAGACCUGUUGAUGCUACGGACAACAGCUUGGAAAGGAUCAAGCGACAGCUAGCAACUGGCUCCGGUCGGAACUUGCUACAGGGACCGCUUUACAAGCGGUCUGAAACUCUGAGAAAGUGGAACGAACGAUGGGUGAUACUUGAUCCAACCACAGGGAAGAUGGAGUACAAGACAAGACGAAACGAACCAGCUAUCAAGGGAACAAUUCUGUUUGACGAUAAUAGCACAAUCACUGUCUCUCCUGUCAACUUCCAGUAUGCAUUGCUACAUCCUCUUGUUCUGACUAAUCUGCAUUAUUUAAGUUCGUAUUGUGAAAUCUAUUUUCUUUUGUGUUUCAGGGGGCUUCCGAAAUAUAAUGGUUGCUGCAUCUAUAUUAGUACCCCACAGAAGAAAGAUUACUUUUUGUGUGCAGAGACUCCUGGUGCAGCUAGAGCUUGGGUUACUACCUUACAUGCGACACAACUAGUUCUAAAGGCACAUAAGGAGGCUGUUGAUUCUCUAAGCGGAAGCGGUUCUUCAACACUUGGUACGGUUGCAACCGUUGUCGCCGCUGCUAAUUCAACAGCGCUGGAAUGUUCCAAAGAGAUCCAAGCUGCAAUGCAGGUCUCUCUGAGGAACGCACUGAAAAUCACGGCUAAUAAACCGAUCGAUGGACCACUAGAUGAUUUGACUAUAAUGAAGGAAACUCUGCGUGUGAAAGAUGAAGAGCUACAAAAUUUGGCGCGGGAACUUCGUUCUCGUGACUCAAUGAUAAAAGAGAUAGCAGAUAAGCUAUCAGAGACGGCUGAAGCAGCUGUAGCGGCAGCAUCUGCAGCUCACACAAUGGAUGAACAAAGGAAAAUUGUUUGUGUGGAGCUUGAGCGCUUAUCUAAAGACUCAGAGAGACAGCAAGAAGCGGCUAUAUCGAAGCUGAAGGAAAUGGAAGAGAAGACAUCUACUCUGAGUAGGGAAAAAGAUCAACUGGUCAAGGAAAGAGACUCUGCUCUCAAAGAGGCACAUCUGUGGCGGUCUGAGCUGGGGAAAGCCAGAGAGCGUGUUGUAAUACUUGAAGGAGCUGUUGUGAGAGCCGAAGAGAAAGCGAGGGUUGCAGAAGCAAAUGGUGAAGCAAAAGCAAAGGAGGCUUCUCAGAGAGAGGCAGCUGCUUGGGCGGAGAAGCAAGAGCUUUUAGCUUAUGUGAAUAUGUUACAAACCCAGCUUCAAAGGCAGCAGCUAGAGACGGAGCAAGUGUUUGAGGAGAAGACUGAAUCUACCAACGGCGAAACAUCUCUUCCGAUGACGAAAGAAACAGAAAAGGAUGUGGACAAAGCAUGUCUGAGCGUUUCUAAAACAGCGUCCAUGCCGGGAGAGAAUGUAGUCCGUAUGAGUGAAGAUCAGGUGGUAAACGCUCAUGCUCAGGCUCCGGUUGGAGAAAACGAAUGGAAUGAUAUUCAGGCGACAGAGGCAAGAGUUUCUGAUGUAAGAGAAAUAUCUGCAGAGACUGAACGAGACAGCUUGGAUAUCACUGUAGUAACUCCUGAAUCUGAUGUUCCACGCAAUGAUCUGCCUCCUGAAUCUUUUCAUCAUCAGCCUUGAUGAAUAAAUGGUAGGGACCUUGGUACAUUUUUAUAUACCCUGAUGUGCUGGUAAUGUUUGGAGAGUUGAUUGUUCUAACAAACCAAAAAGAGUUGCUAUUUGGUUUUGCUUGUGCCGCAACAUUUUGUCUAUCUCUCAGCAACCUCUUGAGUUUCUGUCUGACUUGGUAACGACUUGGGAAGAACAAAGAGAUGUGUUUUAAACUUUUAAUUGUUGAAUGAUGUUAUGUUUGUGUGCACAUGACAUUUUCUUUUGCCGGUUUUGGACAUGAUGAAUGCAGGUAUUUUCCUGCUUGAAUGAUGUUAGUAACGAA